ACAACAUUGGCACUUGGGCGGGCAGUGUCGAGACGGCUGAGCUAUUUAGUACACAUACAAGUUGAGCAGAAAUAAAUACAUAUGUUCAUUGCUUCAAUACAUCCGUAUGUAAAAUAUAUAAUUAAAUAAUACAUUUAUAAUUUGGAUUCCGGUUAUUGUAUCGAGUGAUAAAAGGUGAAUUUUGAAAAAUGGGCGCCGAAGACCCGGACACUCUGAUGGCAGUAGAAUUCGAAGUUUUUGGCCAAGUUCAAGGGUGUUUCUUCACAAAGUACUGCAAAGAUUUGGCUGAAAGUCUCGGCAUCACCGGGUGGGUAAAGAAUACCAAACGAGGCACAAUCUAUGGCAAGAUACAGGGCUGCAAAGCGAAUGUUGAUAUUAUGCUUAACUGGUUGAGCACUGAGGGGUCACCUGGCUGCAAGAUUGAGAAGUGUGAUCUAACAAACUGGCAGUAUUUGUCAAGGCUCGAUUAUCAUAACUUUAGCAUAAGAUUUUGAGUAAAACUUAUCAUAAAAAUAAAUGUGUUAAAAAUA